CUAUGACACCUGCAUUCAUACACAAGUUGUACGUCUAUCCACCUAUGAUAACUUUCACAUAUGCAUACAAUCUAUCCAUUCGUCUGUAAAGGAAUACAGAGUGUAUUAUAAGUGAACGAAAAGAUUUUGAAGGACAAAAUAAUCAUCAAAAGGCGUAGAAUAAUUUAGUUGAAAAUGCUGAGUAGUAAUCAUUACAUCGAAUCAACUAAGUGAAAUGUUUGUUCCCCAGUUUGUGCAUGUGUGUGUGUGUGCGCGAAUUUCUAACGUCGAUCAACCUAAAAUAAUAGUAAUGACAACUGUGGAUUACAGACUUUCAGUGAAGUAAUGCUCAUACAUCGAAGAUGGAUAGACUCUGUACACUUAUUUAAACAGUUUAUCUAAAUAGCCAAGAGUACGCUGAGAAUUCCAAAUUGUACCACAAAUUGUUUGGAAUAAAGUGAAUUAUUAAUAAUAUUCUUAUUAAAAAAUUGUGAAUAAUCUAUCCAGGUGUCAAUUUCAUUAAUACUUUCUAUUUAUCUUAGCAAAUUUCUAAUUCUGAUUGAAAAUUACCUGAAAAAAUUAUGACAACAAUAUAAUCCUGAUGAUUUUGAAUAAAAUAAAACAAAAACAAACAGCCAAUUCUAUGUUCAAUCUAAAUAAUUACUCAAUGAACUUUCUAAUUUCUAGACUACUCCUUCCCAUCUUUUUAAUAAGCAUUGACAAAAUCGUUAUCCUGACGGCUGAUGAAGGUUAUAUCACUAUGAAUCGAAACGUCAAUAAUAAUAAUAAUAAUAACAGAGAUUAUAAUAAUAAGUGUAGUAUAGUUGAAGAAAUACUUAUCAAUACAUUUGUAUGUGAUUUAAACUUUUUAUUUGACAGUUAUACACCAAAAAAUGUAUCAACUAUUUUGAAAGAUCAACUCAUAUUGAAUAUAUUGAAUGAAAAUCGAAAUUUUCAAAUUAUUGAUAAUUAUAAAUUAGUGACAAGAGGACGUAUUGAUCGAGAACAAUAUGUCUAUGAAAAAUUAUGUCAAAAUAUAAAUGGAAAUGAUGAUAAUUUAGUUGAGGAUUAUUUACUUAUCCAAGAUUUCAAUGAUAACCCAUCACAAAUUGAAUGUACAAUCAUUUUAGAAUUUGCGCUAAUCAGUCAGAAUCGUACAUUUAAACCAAUUCUAAUCAAUAUCCCUGUAAAAAUUCACGAUAUCAAUGAUAAUAUUCCACGUUUCGAUCAGUAUACAAGUGGUUUAAGAUUAGAAGUGAGUGAAGAUGUAUCAUCCACAGUUGAUCAAUAUUACAUCCUUUCAUCCAUAUCAUCAUCGUCACCGCCUUAUUGGAAACUGAAUCCGUUUAAGACUACUGAAAAACCUUCGAUUUACAAUAGUAAAAAACGUGAAAUUGCUAUUUUACCCUUGGCAAAAGAUGUCGAUUAUGGAUUGAAUGGUACUGUAGCCUACAAACUGGAGGGUCCUGAUGCAGAAUACUUUGAACUUGUAAAUCAUACAAGUGAAUCAUCAGUCAUUAAUUCACUUCAUUCAACACCGAAAAAUAUUAAAUCUUUACAUCUUAUCAGUCGUUACAGUUUAGAUCGUGAACAAAAAUCAGAAUAUCGAUUAAUUUUAUUAGCUUAUGAUCAAUCAGUACAAUUUAACAAUCGUCAUACAGCUCAAUUACCUAUUAGUAUUCAUGUUAAAGAAGUGAAUGAAUAUGCACCAGUAUUCAAUUUAGGCAUCAAUAUAACAACAAAUCAGUUGAAUAAUAUUAACAAUCAAAAGUUAUUGAACAAUGAAAUGAAAUUCAUUGGACAUUCAAAUCGAUUUCAUCCACAAGUACAAAUUAAAUCAUUUUCAUAUAAUUCAAAACUGAUUACUUUAGUAUAUCAUAAUAAUCAACAGAAAAAUCAAGGUUCCCAAAUAGAUAAUAAUCAUGUUGAUUUAUCUGAUUCCACAUAUCUCAUACUUGGAUUACCUGAAGAUGUUAGUAUUGGAAGUAGAAUAUAUCGUGUACAAGCGAUAGAUAUUGAUUCAAUUGAUUUCACACCUAUAAAUAAUCAAUAUUCUUCUCAUCAUUCAAUAACACAAAAUUAUAUUCACAAUACUGUGCAUUAUUUUAUAGCACAAGAAACUGAUUUAGUCGUGAAACAUUAUUUUCGUCUAGGUAAAGAAGAUGGCUGGAUAACACUAAUACAUCAAUUGGAUUAUGAAGCUGGAUCACGUAAUUAUAUUCUGCCUAUUGUUGCAGUCGAUUUUGGACGUCCACAGUUAAGUAGUACACUGACAUUAACUAUACAAAUAAUAGAUGUAAAUGAUGAGGCGCCAAGUAUAAUCAUACGUGGUAUUGAACCUACUAGCGUAAAUCAUCAUAAUUAUCAACGUUUGGCGGGACAUUCAAUGCUGGAUAAUUUUAAUCCUACGCGUUUUCAAAUAUUAAAUGUACGAGAAAAUUCACCAGUUGGCACUUUCAUUGCAAAGAUAUCCGCUAAAGAUCGUGACACUGGAAGUGCCGGAGAAGUUGAGUGUUAUUUGAUUGAAGCUGACAAUUUCAAUCGUAAAGCCAAGAAAGUGACCUUUCAUUAA